GUCAUGGAGGCCACAGCUCUCUGCAUCCACAUGUUGAUGCAUGUGUUUAUCCUGCUGGCGGCACAACAUGAAGACGGUUGUUUCAGUCAGAAAGCUGAUGCAGCGUUGCUUCACGUUUCCCCAGAAAGGCUUCAGUUCUUCCUGUACGAGUCCUUCGUUAUGCAUUGUGAGGAGACUGAUGGCACCGCUGGAUGGAAAGUGAUGAGAAAGCUCCAUAAAACGAGUCCAGCAGAUUCACCUGAAGCAUGCAACGCUGCAGCUCCUUCCUGCAGGAUUUCUCCUGCCCUUGUGAGCCUCAGUGGGACAUACUGGUGUGAAAAUGAAGAGGCAGAAAAGAGUGAUGCUGUUAACGUGUCUGUUACUGAUGGUCAUGUGAUCCUGGUAAUUCCUCCCCAGCCUGUGAAGGAAGGAUCUGAUGUGAUUCUUUAUUGUCUUGAGAAUGAAAAUAACUCAGCACGUAUAGCUGAUUUCUACAGAGACGGUCAGCAUUUUUAUACUGGAUAUUACAGCCAGAAGACCAUUAACAAUGUCUCCAAGUCUGAUGAAGGACGGUACAGGUGCAGCAUCUCUGGAUCAGGAGAGUCUCCAGAGAGCUGGUUGGCUGUUUCUAAACCAGCAUCCUAUGAAGAGAUUAGUUUACACGGGGGCACCCCAGUAACCCUGAUAUGUGUACUGGUGACUGUCCUGGUGAUGGUGAUUGUGGUGGGACUGCUUCUCCUCAGGAGACUCAUAGGACUCUGGGUCUCAGGAGGUUAA